AUGGCGUCGAUCGAUGAGCCCCUGGAUUUAAUCAAGUUGAGCGUAGCCGAGCGUAUUUACAUCAAGUGCCGAGGUGACCGAGAGCUGCGUGGGGUAUUGCAGGCGUAUGACCAGCAUUUGAACAUGGUAUUGAGUGACGUGGAAGAGACCAUUACUGUGCAGGAACUUGAUCCGGAGACGUACGAAGAGCUUAUCAAGCAGUCGAAGCGAACUAUCGAGAUGCUGUUUGUGCGUGGAGACGUCGUAAUUCUCGUUGCGCCCCCGCUUCGCACUGCCUAA